CUCAUUUCACAUAGUCCCGCCUCACAGGGCUGAGGCAGUCACUCCUCUCUCUCUCUCUGGAUGAGCAGCAGAGUGAGCUGAACUUCACAGGGAGAACUGUGUGUGUCCAUCACGAGGGGACGAGAGAGGCCACCGGGCACCGAGGACGCUCUGGUGAGAGGACACUGAGUUGUUCUCAUUCAGGGAUUCCUCCCGAGGAUCCAGGAGGUGGAUGGAAGCUCCAGACUUGAGUUUAGAGAAGUUCAGAGAGCAGAUUUCAGCUCCCGGCCUCAGGCUUUGUUUAUUACACUACUUACAAAGAGCUGUGUUGAGAGAAGCCCGGAGUGGAGCCCGGAUCCUCGGACUGAAUAACCCCCCCACAGUCACUGACGCCCCGCCUGCCUCCUCCGGUCGACCAGAGCAAACUGUUCUGAGCCGGACAGUCUCCUCGUCUCCGUCCUCUGCCUCCACAUGAUCCUUCAGGUGGAGCGGAGGGCAGGGCACGCAGCCAGCCGGCCGGGGUCAUGAUCUCCAUGACGGGGAUGAAGCUCAGGAGGAAGCUGGUUCUUGCCUUGUUGACCGCCGGCUCCCUGCUGUGUGUCUACGUCCUGUGUGUGAACCUGGAGGGGUCCUGGUCCAUAGAGCCUCUGAGAAACUUCCAUGGCUUCAGCCAGAAGCCGAACAGCAGCUCACGAGACUCUGAGGAGCCUCAGGACAGAAGGAACAGCAGUGAGCGGUGGAGCCGUCCCUCACCGGCCUCCACCCGUCACCCAGAGCAUCCCUCUGCAGCCGCUCUGCAGAAACACACACCUGCACACACUCCGCCUCCAACCUCAGAGACUCAAACAGCCGCCGGGCCACAGGCAGCCGCUGGGGCCACGUCCAAGUCUGAGGCUGUGGGGGGAACCUGGAGCAGCAACCCCACACCCCCCCGGUCCACUGAGCCUGCCUUCAUCGGAGACACAGGCUACAUGACUGAAGACGUCCCUGCACAGACGAACUGCACCGACGGCGUCAGAGGCCGAGUCGCUCAGACGCGCUUCAGUGGACGGUUCCUGGGGCGUGUCCCGGUCCUGCAGUGGGCCAAUCACGUGAGCCGGGACCAGUACAAGCGUCUGAGUCAGUACUCAGGAGCUCAUGGCUGGUCUGGGGUCGACUACGACACACUGGUGGAAACUCUCUCCGUCCUCAACUCCUCCGCUAACUGGCUUCUGCUGGACGACUGGAGCCGGCGCAGCAACGGGUCCUCGUGCUCCCGCUGCGCUGUGGUGGGGAACGGGGGGAUCCUGAAGGACUCGGGCCGAGGGCCGGAGAUCGACAGCCAUCACUACGUCUUCAGGACCAACGGGGCGAUCCUGAAGGGCUUUGAGCAGGACGUGGGGUCUCGCACCACCCACUACACCUUCUCCACCAACACCUUGAGGAACUCCAUGGCCAGCUACGCAGGACUCGGCUUCACGGGCCCGCCGCUGUCUCAGGAAACACGAUACGUCUUCCUGCCCGACCACUACCGGGACUACCUGCUGAUGAAGGCUGCAGCCACGCACACCGCGGUGGAGCGCGGGCCGGAGCGAGCCAAAGAUCCCACCAGGUUCUUCGGACAGGACGUGACCGCGGAGAAGCUGAAGAUGUAUCAUCCCGACUUCGUCCGCUACCUCAGGAACAGAUUCCUUCGAUCCGGGACUCUGAAAACUCGAAACAAGUUCAUCUAUCGGCCCACGACCGGCGCCGUGAUGCUGCUGGCGGCGCUGCACUCCUGUGACCAGGUGAGCGCCUACGGCUUCAUGACCCCGGACUAUAAGAACUACUCCGACCACUACUACGACAGGAAGUACCGCCCGGUGGGCUUCUUCGCCAACCACGACAUGCGCAUGGAGAUGACUCUGUGGCAGCAGCUGCACCAGGCCGGCCUCAUCACCCUCUACAUGCACAAGUGAAUUCAGGUCGACAGGAAGUGACCUCAUCAGGUCUCUGGUCACGCUACGAGCACGAGGCAGGAAGUCGGUUCACGAUUCUCUGAACCGAGCAAAGUUAGCAAGUAGCAGAAGUUUUUCUUUUUAAUGAAGGAAACAUUAUUUUUUUAAAGGUCAGCUGCUGUGAUUGUUCAGAAAUCAGAUUUAGUUUAAUUUAUCAAAGACGUGUCUGAAACGUUUUAAUUAUCUUUUCCCAGAGAGCGUGUGUUUGGUGAUUUGUAGAAUGAGUCAAAUUUGAUAAACAAACAAAUAUUCAAGAUCCCCAGAGGAUAGAUCCACUGAAUCCUCAUAGAGCGCCAUCUUCAGGUCACUUUUUAAAUUUUGCUUAUUGAAUAUAGGUAUUUGUUAUAGGGAAUUAAAUAUCUCCACAGUUGCCAGAUCAGAGACUUCAAAGAAAGAUGGACGACAUGUCUCUAGUUCCUAACUUUCCCUCAGGAUCAGUAAAGUAUUGAUCCUAUCGGGUCAAGACGUCUUUAUAUCAUCAGGUAACUAAUUGAAUCCAAACGUUUCAGAAGCACUUAACAGACCUCAGGUCGGUGGAACCUCCUGGA